AUGACAGACCCCUCUGAAGUCAAGGAGGUGGUACCGCCGCCAUCAGCCAAGGUGGUGACGCAAAGCGAGGUGGAGCUCUUCCAGCCCGAAGACAUCCUUAUCGGCUGGAAGGUGUAUGUAGAAAAGGACGGAGAGUUCAGACGCGCAGACAUUCUCUCGACUCACACCAGGAAAGGGCGGCUCGUGUUCUACGUGCAUUACGUUGAGUUCAACAAGCGUUUGGAUGAGUGGGUGGAAGUAGACCGAAUCGAUUACAAACGGCCGUAUGAGUUGCCAAAGCCGGAUACGCCGAAAAAGGAAACCAAGGCACCAUCCAAGGGGAAAGCUAACUCCAAGGAAGGACAGAAGAAGAAGAAGAACAAGGCGAUCGACUCGCUAUCGCAGUCGGCCACCCCAGCCCCGUCGACGGGAUCCGACAUGAUGGAUUUAGACGACUUGAACGUCCAGGGAAUCGUUCCUGAGGGGGAGGAGUUGUCGCGCGAGGAGGAGCUCAAAAAGUUACGGAUGGGUGGGUCCAUGUCGCAGCAGAGCACCCAUGAGACAGCCAAGGUACGUAACUUGUCGAAGGUGAUCAUCGGCAGCCACGAGAUUGAGCCAUGGUACUUCUCACCGUACCCUGUGGAGUUGACGGAGGAAGAUGUGAUCUACAUCUGUGACUUUACGAUGAACUACUUUGGCUCCUUGAAGCAGUAUGAGCGGUUCAGAUCCAAGUGCACGCUCAAACACCCCCCAGGAAACGAGAUCUACCGCGAUGACUACGUUUCCUUCUUUGAAAUCGACGGCAGAAAGCAACGCACGUGGUGCCGCAAUCUCUGUCUUCUCUCCAAACUCUUUCUUGACCACAAGACGUUGUACUACGACGUGGAUCCGUUCCUUUUCUACUGCAUGACCAAGCGCGAUGAGCUCGGACACCAUCUUGUGGGCUACUUUUCGAAGGAAAAAGAGAGCUUGGAGAACUACAACGUUGCAUGCAUUCUCACAUUGCCCCAGUAUCAGCGACACGGGUACGGGAAGCUCCUCAUCCAGUUCUCGUACAUGUUGUCAAAGGUGGAGAAAAAGCUUGGAUCGCCGGAAAAACCGUUGUCCGAUUUGGGGUUGCUCUCCUACCGCGCGUACUGGUCGGACACAAUCAUCCAGUUACUCGUAGAAAACGGUUUGGAGAUCACCAUUGACGAUAUCGGCGCCCAGACUGCCAUGACCCAGGCCGACGUGCUCCACACACUCCAGACGUUGAACAUGCUUAGGUAUUACAAGGGCCAGCACGUGUUGGUGCUCACGGAACAGGCCAUCCAGCAAUACGACAAGAUGCUUAAGAAGCGGAAGCAUGUGCUUGAGCCUGAGUUGCUCAUCUGGACGCCGCCGGUCUUUACCUCCUCGCAGUUGCGAUUCGGGUGGUAAGCCAAGGUCGAGGACUGGAUGCUUCCUGUUUGAGCGUAUGGGGAUUGCUUUAUGAGAACCUGUGGACGCAAACCGAGACUAAAGAGCUUUGUUGGGGUUUUCCAUGAAGUGUAUAUAUGUGGUUAUGAACCUAUCUGGGUAAUACUAUGAGGAAACGGAAUUAAUGACAUAGGUUAAAGGCGAUUUUAGAGAUAAUGCACCAAGUAAUGCUCGGUUUGUGUUCUAUGCGUAGAGUAUGGCUAAUGUCUCCGUCAGAAUAAUAAUCCAAGCUGGCUUUCACACCUUUGCUACAUUUGCUGGCCAACUGUUCU